GAAGUCACAGGUGAGUAUCGCUUAAACAGCGACACGCCCUGAAACCCGGAAAAACACUAUGCAGGUACUCGACAACAGGACUGAAUCAUACGUCCAAACAGUUGUUUUGCAACUAAAACGAGAGUUUCUAUUGGACAAAUUCAGGUAGAUCACUCACCGCGUCGUUACGUUUAAGUUUCCGUUUAAGAAAAGUUUUCCGCGGUGGGGCCGUUUGCGAUCAUUCCUGGACAAUACCACACUAUUAAAAGUGCGAUUUGCUAGAAAGGAAAUACUCUAGAGUUCAUAUUGAUUGUAUUGAAAUUGGUUUCCUGAACUGUACUAUUUCGGUUGCAGUGUUUAUUUUUUAAAUCUAUUUUUGUUGGUUUGUGAAUCACCUGUUAACGUGGAGGCCGUCGGACUCCAUUGAAGACAAAAGGCCUACCCUACACUCCCUCCCCUUGGAAUUUACCUGAGGAGUAGCUGGCCUACAGAAAUCAGGAACAGACAGAUUUACCUGGUCGCCAGCCACCAUGGACUACAUGGACUCUGGAAUGAGAUACACCCCCAAUAAGGGACCGGACAGGGACUGGGACCAGGAUGUGACGUUCCUCCCAGCAGCUGACAGUAAGAAGUUAGAGAAGAAGAAAGGACCAGGGAGAGUCGGGGCUGUGAUCGGCAUCGUUAUCUUCGCUGCUGUCAUCGCCCUUAUGAUCGGCCUACUGGUCUGGCACUUCCACUAUCGUAAGGAUACGCGUAUCAAGAAGAUGUACAGUGGGUCGAUGAAGAUCACCAACCAGGUGUUUGAGGAUACCUAUGAAAACUCCAACAGCACUGAGUACAGAGCGCUGGCCGAACAGGUCGUUAAACAGCUGAAAACACUCUACCACAAGAUGCCCCAGCUGGCCAAGUACUAUGUUGGCUCCAGCGUACAAGCCUUCAGCGAAGGCAGUGUGAUAGCCUACUACCUGUCAGAGUUUGAAGUGCCACGCGGACAGGAAGCAGCGGUGGACAAGGCCAUUUCCUCCAUGGACAAGGUAGUGGAUAAGGUGCAGAGGGGCUUCUCAAACAGCAGGCCUGGCAACGAUCUGUUGUUCGAGGAUGUCAUGAACUCUGCUCUGGACUCUAGAAUGUUCUCAGAGUCCUUCAGUGAAUACUACAGGUACUCAGAACACACCAGAGCGAAUAAGAUUGUUCCAAUCAUGACACCUGGUUUCCCCAACACUCCGUACCCGCCCAACACCUUCAUCCAAUGGCAGCUGAGAGCCGACCCUGGUCACGUACUCAAACUGGACUUUGAUACCUUCAACCUAGAGGAGGACUGUCGUAACGACUUUGUUAAGGUCUACGACUCCCUGGUGGCCAUCGAGAGCCACGCCAUGGAAGAGAUUUGUGGCUACCACUCUCCCAGCUCCCCCCUGACCUUCCAGUCCUCCCGAAACGUGAUGCUGGUAACCUUGGUAACUAACAACGAAAAUAACUACCCAGGACUCAGAGCGCACAUCUCUCAGAUCCCCCGGAACAGCAAAGAGCUGGCAUGUGGUGGCCAGCUAUCAGGAGAGACGGGGCUUUUCACAUCCCCAAACUACCCCAACUACUAUGCUCCCAACACCAAAUGUGAAUGGAAUAUACAGGUCCCUGCUGGUAAGUCAGUGAAGGUCAAGUUCAGUACAUUCCUGUUAUCAGAGCUGGGUCAGGAGAACACGAAGGACUGUAACAAGGACUAUGUAGAGAUCAACAACAAGAGGUAUUGUGGAGAACCUUCAACCAGUCCUGUUGUAACCAGUGACACUAACACCAUGAAGGUAGUCUUUUACUCCGACGCCUCGUAUGUAGACAGAGGAUUCAGCGCCACGUACGAGACCUUCGAAUCCACGGACCCCUGUCCUAACAAGUUUCAGUGCAACAACCAGCGUUGUGUCAGCGAAGAUCUGAAGUGUGACGGCUGGAACGACUGUGGAGAUAUGAGCGACGAGAUGAACUGCAAGUGUGUUUCCACCCAGAUCAGCUGUAAGAACGGCCUGUGUAAGCCCCAGUUCUGGGAGUGUGAUGGAGUGAACGACUGUGGAGAUGACACAGAUGAGCAGAACUGUGGUGCUUGUAAAGCGGGGGAGCUGACAUGUCAGAACGGAAAGUGUGUGUCGGAGAAGAAACGCUGUGACGACAAGGAUGACUGUGGCGACGGGUCAGACGAGAGCGACUGUGGACGAAUUAUGAAUAAUGUGCAGUGUUCUGACUCCACCUAUAAGUGUGAGAACAACAAGUGUACCAACAAGGAGAACCCUGAGUGUGAUGGAACACCUGACUGUGAGGACCAAUCAGAUGAGGCCAACUGCGAUUGUGGGCGGAGCCUGUUUCUAACCAGCCAGGUGAUGGGAGGGGAGUUCAGUCCUAACCAGGUCAGCCUCCACAUUCCCAGCCACUGGUCUAACCGUGUGUGUGCUUCCAUCAUCAGCCAGCGCUGGCUGGUUACUGCUGCUCUCCUUCCUAACCAGGUGUGUCUCUCCAGGUAUUCCCAGCCAGGUGUAUGGGAGGCGUACCUAGGCCUUCACGUCCAGAAGCAGAACAUUAAGAACGUUCAGAAGAGGAACCUGCGUCAGGUGAUCUCCCACCCGUACUAUAAUGCCUAUACCUUCGACAACGACAUCGCUCUGAUGGAGCUAGACAGCCCUGUGACCUUCUCUGAUUACAUCAGACCCAUCUGUCUGCCCUCCCCACAACACACCUUCCCCCAGGGCAACUCUGUCUGGAUCACAGGUUGGGGCGCCACACGAGAGGGAGGCUCUGGUGCAUCCAUCCUGCAGAAGGCCCAGGUCCGUAUCAUCAACAGUACUGUCUGUAACCGCCUGAUGGGAGGACAGAUCACCUCCAGGAUGACGUGUGCUGGUGUGCUGACUGGAGGUGUGGACGCAUGUCAGGGGGAUUCUGGCGGGCCUCUGUCCAGUCCUGGUACUAGUCGUAUGUUCCUGGCUGGAGUGGUGAGUUGGGGUGACGGCUGUGCCCGUCGGGACAAGCCUGGGAUCUACAGCACCGUCACCAUGUUCAGGGGCUGGAUCAAGGAGAAGACUGGCGUGUAACAGGACACGGGGAAACGACUAGGACAACCGGUCGAUGAACACGCCAGUACUGUACAGAUUACUGGUUCGCCAGGACUCGCCCUCUAUACCCUCCUCCUCUCCCUUCCAUUAUCCAGGAGUGAUGAACACGCCAGUACUGUACAGAUUACUGGUUCGACAGGACUCGCCCUCUAUACCCUCCUCCUCUCCCUUCCAUUAUCCAGGAGUGAUGAACACGCCAGUACUGUACAGAUUACUGGUUCGACAGGACUCGCCCUCUAUACCCUCCUCCUCUCCCUUCCAUUAUCCAGGAGUGAUGAACACGCCAGUACUGUACAGAUUACUGGUUCGACAGGACUCGCCCUCUAUACCCUCCUCCUCUCCCUUCCAUUAUCCAGGAGUGAUGAACACGCCAGUACUGUACAGAUUACUGGUUCGACAGGACUCGCCCUCUAUACCCUCCUCCUCUCCCUUCCAUUAUCCAGGAGUGAUGAACACGCCAGUACUGUACAGAUUACUGGUUCGACAGGGACUCGCCCUCUAUACCCUCCUCCUCUCCCUUCCAUUAUCCAGGAGUGAUGAACACGCCAGUACUGUACAGAUUACUGGUUCGACAGGACUCGCCCUCUAUACCCUCCUCCUCUCCCUUCCAUUAUCCAGGAGUGAUGAACACGCCAGUACUGUACAGAUUACUGGUUCGACAGGACUCGCCCUCUAUACCCUCCUCCUCUCCCUUCCAUUAUCCAGGAGUGGUGAACUAUUUUACAAGCUUUGAUCUCAGGCCUCACAAUGCACUCCCUUUCAUAUCGAUGGACUAUGGACCGUUGGUUGGGUUUUCUCUGUUGAAAGGCACAUGCCUUCAUGUCAUAAUGACUGGUGUCUGAAUGUGUAGUUUUUGUUAUGAGGAGGAAUAGGUGGUUUUGUGGGGAAAGUGUUUUUAAGAAUUGUAAAUAAUGUCAAAUUUUGUGUUUUUUUUUUUAAUAUUUUUUUUUAGAUAUAUUAGUUUUGCCCAUUGCAAUCAGUCAUUUGGAUUGAAUACACACAACAUUUUCUGGUACGUUUUGCAUAGGUAGGAUUUGGGCAAUUUUUUAAGGAGUAACUGUAGAAAAACUGUUACAUGCGCGUACACAAGGAGACGAUGUGUUCCGUUGCUUGUUUUGUCAUUGGAUUUGAAUCGUUUCCCCAUAGGUUUGUUUUCUCUUUACGUCCUCUUUUAGAACGGUCUCUUAAAUGUGAAUUCAGACUCUUUGACUUGUUGCCCUUGUACUCAUGAAGGGGGGGGAGGUUGCAUUCCAAAUGGCGCCAUAUUCCCUUAUGAAGUGCACUACUUUUGACCAGGAUCCAUAAGGGCUCUGUUUUUUUUUUUAAAGGUGGUACACUAUGUAUGGAAUCGGGUGCCAUUUGGAACACAGGGCUCAAACAGACGGUAUGGAGCUGGGGUCACUAUCUACUAUGAUUUGGUAUUUGACACAAUCGUUUUUUUGUUGAAAUACCAGGAAGUCCUGAUGCGACAUGAUGAUGAAUAAUUAUUAGUUUUUUAAAUGUGAUUUAUUCCUUGAUCUUCUUCUUCUUCUUCUUCUUCUUCUUCUUCUUCUUCUUCUUCUUCUUCUUCUUCUUCUUCUUCUUCUUCUUCUUCUUCUUCUUCUUCUUCUUCUUCUUCUUUUUUCUCUCCUCCCAACUUUAUUUUUCAUUUCAUUUGGGUCCAACGUCAUACGCUUUCAUAAUCAGAAUAAAGCUUCAUCAGAGAUCGUCUGUUCGGUUAGCAUUGUGCAUAUAAAUACAUACAUUUUUUUUUUUUGAGGACAUAUACAAAUUAUCGAAUUUUAACUUAGAAAUUAAAAACAUUAUCCAGCAUUUAUCAAAUCAACCACUUUUACUGUAAUUGUGUUUGUUUUUUUAAUAUAAGUGUUUAAAAUAAAUAUGAACAACCAA